CAAACUUCGCGGCAAAAUCUGAACCACUUCCUGAAGCAGUCACGUGGUACAGCCUCGAGGCGCGCUAUGCGGAAACGCCCCCUCCAUUACUCGACACAUGCUUCGAAACUUCGGCACAUCUCUGACACCACUACAAACCCGGCCACAUGGAGGAGAGUGUAUGAAGGGUAUUGGGAUGUAGUGGAGGCCAAGGCCAAAGCCAAGAAACCUGGAAAGCUGCUGAGCCUUGAGAAAUGGUAUCAAGAGGAGCUGCCUAAACUCAUUUCAUGUCGACCUGAUAAACAUGUCUCUCAGUCAGAGCUGGUGAAACUGAUGGAGUGGAAGCUCACAAGAGGGAAGUUCAGGCCGCGGCUGCAGCAGCUGGUAGCUUCUAACAGCGAGGACACUGUGGAGAAAUGUUCCAGAAAGGCCUUCAGCCUCCUUCCUGACGUGCAGGCAGCGAUCGCAGAGCUCAGCACCCUGAAAGGAGUAGGCCCGGCAACUGCUUCAGCUGUGUUGGCAGCAGGAGCACCAGAUCGAACUGCAUUCAUGUCUGAUGAAGCCAUGGAGAGUGUGCCAGGGCUGAAGCCCAUCCAGUACACGGCCAAACACUAUGCUCUCUACCUGGGCAGAAUGGUGGAGUGGACUGAAAAACUGAACAAAGUGGACCCUCAGCCGGACUGGACACCUCACAGGGUGGAGUUGUGUUUGUGGGCGAUGGCCAUAGCAGAUAAGCUGCAGCUCCAACUCCUGAAGGAUGUUGAUUUGAAGGAGGAUGAUGUGGGCAAGAAGUUCUCUGACAGCGAUGCUGACCAAAGACCAGCAAAGAAGCUCAAAACAAGAUGAAAAAUCACACUUAUUUUUGCAUUUAACUUGCCUUAUCAUAGACAACAAGGCAAGUUUAAUUGCUAUUCAUCGAUUUUUGUAUGUUUCUAAAAUAAUAAAGCAUUUAUGUCAAAUCCA